AAAGUUACGAGAAUAAGAAGUUCUUACCAUGCAGUACAUCUAAAAGGCAGGUAUACUUAGAGUAUGCGGAAUCAUGUGAAGGGCUUCAUGUCAAAGCAUGUGCUGAAACAACAUUCAACAUGUUGUGGCGACGCUACCUGCCUUAUAUUGAAAAAAUGAAGCCUAUGUCUGACUUGUGUGCCACUUGUAAAGAGAUAAGUGGACUGAUUAUAAGAAGUGCUAACAUGCAAUCAGAUGAAAGGAUAACUGAGACAAUGCAAAAGGCACUAGAUCACAGAAGUCUUGUUAAAAAGGAAAGGGAGUACUAUAAGGAUGUAUUAAAAGAGGCACAAUUAUUGUUAAAAGGGCUGUAUACUGAUGCAGCAAACAAUUACAAUCCCCCACUAACAAGGCCACUUGCUAUGUUAAAUAUUGUAGCACAUUAUAGCUUCGAUUAUGCUCAACAGGUAACAUUUUAUGAUAAUUAUGAAAGUGUAUCUAGCUCACUUACUUUUUUAAAG